CCAACCACCACACUGUCGCGUCGACCGUCAGCCACUUGUUCAUCGCUCAAAGCAUGGCCAUGAACGGGUUUGCGCCGCCUGGAGGCAUGCCCUUUCCGCCGCCUGGAGGCAUGCCGCCCCCAGCGCCGGCAUGGAAGAGUGUGACAACGCCCGAAGGCAAAACUUACUACUUCAACGCCCUCACUAACGCGACGCAAUGGACCAAGCCGGAAGAGCUGAUGACGCCCGAAGAGCGCGCGACAGUGGGCACCGAUUGGCAGAUCCUCGAACACAAUGGCAAGCCGUACUGGGCGCACAAGGAGACCAAGGAGACGACCUGGGAGCCACCGGCCGAGGUCAAGCAGAACAUGGAGCGCGUGGCCAGGCCGCCCCCUCCACCCUCUUCUAAUUCAUGGGCGGCUGGUCCUGCGAUUCCCUCCGGCCCUCGUGAUCGUGAGCAAGCUCGCUUUGAUCGCGAGCCCAUGCGUGAACGCGACAGCUACCAGCCGGACCGACGAGACCGCGACCGUGAUCGGGACCGAGAGCGUGACCGUGACUCUGGCUUCGGAGCUGGAGAGCGCGCGAGCAUGGCGUUUGCACCGUCCAACGACAUACAAUUUGCAAACCCCAACGACGCUGUACUGGCCUUCAACAAAUUGCUCAAGCAGCUCAAGGUACAGCCUGACUGGGAGUGGACGCGUGCUGUUCGCGCCGGUAUCAAGGACCCCAACUGGCGCGCCAUUCCCGACCCCGAGAAGCGCGAGGAGGCCUUCAGAAAGUACUGCGAGGAUCUCCGCGCCGAGGAGAAGAACAAGGAGCAGAGUCGCCAGGAGAAGCUGCGCUCCGACUUCAUGGCAAUGCUGCGCUCUCAUCCCGAAAUCAAGCACUACACCCGAUGGAAGACCGCGCGACCCAUCCUAGAGGAUGAGACCAUCUUCCGGUCUGCCAAGGACGACGACGAGCGUCGGCGGCUUUUUGAGGAAUACAUCGUCACUCUGACCAAAGCUCACGCUCAGCAGGAGAAGGAAGACAAGAAGACUGCUUUGGACGAAGUGAUGUCGCUGAUGCGAACGCUAGACCUAGAGCCCUUCACUCGCUGGCAUGCGGCCGAGGAGCAACUCAAGCAAAACAACGUCUUCAACAGUGAAAAAUUCGAGUCUCUCACCCGCUCCGACGUGCUCAAUACCUUCGAAAAGCAUAUCAGGCAGCUUCAGCGCGAUCACAACGACCGGGUCCAGGCCGAGAGGCGUCAAAAACAGCGCAUCGAGCGGAAGAACCGAGACGGGUUCAAGCAGCUUUUACAGGAGCUUCAAAAGGCAGGCAAGCUCCGAGCUGGCACCAAAUGGAAAGAUAUCCAUCCACUGAUUCAGGAGGACCUGCGAUACGUCGCGAUUUUAGGGCAAGGCGGAUCAUCGCCACUCGAUUUGUUCUGGGACGCGCUUGAGGACGAGGAGAACAAGUUCCGUUCCCUGCGUCGCUUCGCCUUGACGAUGCAGGAGGAUGAACGCUUUGAGGUUACAGCUUCGACCCCCUUUAAAGAAUACUUGAGUGUUAUGCGCGCUAACCCUCGUACUGAUCAUAUUGACGAUCACACCAUGAAGCUCAUCUUCGACUAUGUCUUGGCUAAGGUCAAGAAGCGAGAGGCCGACGAACUGCAGGAGCAGGAGCAUGACGCGCGUUAUGUAAUGGACGACUUGCGCGCCGUACUAAAGCGCCUCGAACCACCUGUGACACUUUCGGAUACCUGGGAAACGGUACGUCCUCGUGUCGAAAAGACGAAAGAGUACAGCGCACUAAAAUCAGACUCACUCCGCCAAUCCGCGUUCGACAAGUACAUGCGCCGCCUCAAGGAGAAGGAGAGCGAUCGCCGCGACCGUAGUCGGCGCGAUACACGUGAUCGUGAGAGGGACAGGGACAAGGACCGAGACAGCAGACGGGACCGACGUGAUGAUCGUGAGUACCGCAACGGGCAUUCUGACUCUCACCGACGCCAUCGUACGCGCACACGCUCACCUGAGAAUGAUCCUUACGCUGCUGAGCGCCGCCGAGCUCAGGAGGACCGAGAGGCUCGGUACAGGAACAAUGACAGCACAGGUCUCUCACCUCCCUACCGUCGUGACCGUGAGCGAGACAGCGAUCGAUAUAGCGGUUCCCGCCGAGGGAGCGGCGAUUUUUAUGUGCGUGAGAGGCGCGAGCGCGAGGCUGAGCGCGAACGCUCGUACAUUCCGCGAGGUGAUCCUGCUGCUAGUCGCGCAGAUCCGCGUGAGCGUAGUGUGAGCGAGCUUGACUAUGGUGACAGCUCCGGCGCCCGCACCACCUCGACGCGACGCCGACGCGAGAGCGACGAGAGCACGUCCCGGCGUGAUAGCAAGCGCGCCCGAUUCUCCCCCCGUGCUGAUCGUAAGUCCAAGACUCCUGUUCCCGAACCUCCCAAGGAAGAAGAGCGUGCUCUUCGAUCGGGAAGCGAGGAAGGGGAGAUUGAGGAGGACUGAACGCGCAGCAUCCGUCAGUUGCCGCCGUUUAUUGACAGCCUAGGCUCGGCUCCUGCAGACUGUUUCGUGCCAUUCUUUCGUCAUGCUUUACAUGCCACUUGCGUCAGGCGCUGAUCGAUGCGGCUACAACAUUAUCAUGCCCGUUGUCGCGAUAGGCGUGGCGCGCUUUCCAAGUGCUAUCAUAUCUAGGACAAGCAGACGUGCAAUUUCGUCUCGAUUGUUGGCAAGGCUCUGCAAGCUUCGGCAUCUGUACGAUGCGUCUUUGCCGUCAUGAGAUGCCCUUGAAAAGUUGUUCCCUCGCUGGGUGGA